AUGUCGUCCUCGGCGCUCCGAGCCGCGUGCCGGAGGCUUUCGCCCGCGGCGUCCACCUCCUACCGACAGUGGGUCGGCGGCUCCGCGUGUCACCUCCACACGUCGCGCGCGACGCUGGACGACCAGCAUCGAACCGGCGAACUUGGCCCGAAGGAGGGGAAGACGUUGUCCUUCGCCGAACGCGUCGCCCGUGAAGCGGGGCUCAACGCGACGGGCUCGGUUCGGAAGGCGAUCAUAGAGAGAGAAGACGCCGCGAUGCUCAUGGCCAUCGCGGACCGGUGGAACAGGACCAUGCUGCACAACGACUCGCUGUGGCCCCUGCUGAAGCGAUUAGCCGAUCCGAUUUCCAACUACUGGGCGGUCGUCGUCGCCACCCGCGAGGUGGGCCUCAUGGGCGCCCGCCACCGCCGAUGCAAGUUCGACGACGGACCGGCCGCCAUGUGCGGGCCCUGCGUCAUGCGCCACCGCAACGAGACGCAGAACGACCCCGCCGAGAAGGACCACGAGCCGUGCUUCCACCGAUCGCUCGGCGGCCGCGCCAUCUCGUGCCACGACUGGCAGGAGUGGACGUACGCCGCGCUGUACUGCCAGCUGUGGGUCGCCGGGUGCGCCGCGACGUACGCGUUAGUGAGCUGGUCGUUAGUCGGGUUGGAGAAGGACUGGCUGCAGUUUCAGGUGGCGCGGCCGAAGACGGUGGGGAGGGAAUUUGUUUUGAUGUCGUGGGCGAUUCUCCUGAACCUGGCCGUGCUCGAGUACGCGAGGGUGUGGCUGGCGGGGACGACGUACAGGGCGAUUGGUUGGAGGAUCGUGAAAUACGGCGCCCGGUGGAGACGGUACAUGAGAUGGCUCUGA